AUGAAGAUGGCCGAUCGGCCGCCUUCAGAGUUCAGCCUCGAGGAAUUCGCGACUGCGGCGGCACCCCAAUGUGGACAGAUGUCGGAGAACACCCAUAGGCGGGGAACAAGCAAGAGUGACUUAUCUGCCGGUUCCCAGCCUUCAAGCGAUUUAGACGUCGGCCGAACCAUUACCAAGCCAUCGAACGCAAAACUAGCCCCUUCGAGCGAUUCUCUGGAUGGUCAACCGCCUCUUCGGCAGGCAUUCCCUCAUCUCUAUCAUUCUUCCGGGGCCUCUCGCUCACCUUCGACCCGAAGCUCGUCUAGCUCUCUUCAAGCAUUGAACGAGGAUACAGUGGUUGAUGUCAGGUCCGACCGCGGUAUCUUCGGACGGAUCACGUUAUCGCGAAGGACAUCCUAUAAUCGCCAGUUGGAUAGCGGAGGCGCUGAAUAUCCUGUCUACCCGGAUCAGUCUUAUGCCGUCCUUCAGUCUCAACAACAUCCAACUUACCAACCUCCAUUUUUACGCAGCCAUAGCUCUUACCCCUCUGAACCUGUUGAAAAACAUGCGCAUUCUCGCGGCGCCCGCACCGCAGGCAAUACGCCUAUAUCUAGCCCGGGCCUGUUCUCUGUCCGAACUCCUGGCCUGACACCACCGGGAUCGGAUGGCGAAGAGCGAAGCAGCAACUCCUACCUCCAUCCGUCACAUCUUCAACCCCCCAAGGAGACACAUUUUGUUGAAGUGGACAGGGACCACGUAACUGGGAAUAAAACCAUCAACCAGUAUGAAAUUCUCUCCGAAUUAGGUCGUGGUGAACAUGGCAAAGUGAAACUGGGCCGUAAUUCGACCACAAAGCAGAAGGUUGCGAUCAAAAUUGUCCAGCGAUACUCGAAACGGCGGCGCCUAGGAAGGCUAGGAGACGCCGAGGACAAGGUCAAAAAAGAGGUCGCUAUCCUGAAAAAAGCACGCCAUCCGAACGUGGUUAGUCUGUUAGAAGUGAUUGAUGACCCGAACCGUCAGAAGGUCUAUAUUGUGCUCGAGUAUGUCGAAAAUGGCGAGAUUAUAUGGCGACAAAGAGGCCUUCGCGAAAUCGUGGAAGUCGACAAGGUCCGGCUCGACCGCGAGAAGAGCGGUAUUCCGGAAACACCAGCAUUUUGGGAAGAGAGCAAGCAGUACAUCAUGACGGCACAGCGUAUCCGGGAACAGCGCGAGAAGGCAAUGGAGCGGCGCCAAGCGCAAGCAGAGCAUGCGCAAAAGGGACCCAUUCCCGCUUGGAGUUUGGAGCAUGGAGCGGAGUCGGAUGAUGAAUUGGGACCCGAACUCGCGAUCGCUCGUACGGCCAGUCGCUGCCUUUCAAACCACGAGGAGACGAAUUCGUCGCCAAGCCAUUCUUUCCUCGGGUCCCAAGAAGCUGCAUUGGCUGCUAUGGAAGGCACUAUGUACGGGGCCUACCCGGAUCACCCGUCAGAUAGACGGCGGUUCAGUUCGGCAUCCAGCAACUUCAACUACGCGCCAUCUGAGACAGACUUGUCCCCCGCAGAUGACGACAUGUCCUGGGUGCCCUGCCUUACUUUGACGGAGGCGCGCAAUGCUUUUCGAGAUUCUCUCCUCGGCCUUGAAUAUCUCCACUUCCAAGGCAUCAUACACCGCGAUAUCAAGCCGGCGAACCUUCUAGUCACCAUAGAUCAUCAUGUCAAAAUAUCUGAUUUCGGUGUUUCUUACUUGGGACGGCCCAUUCGAGAUGAGGAGGAAGAGCGACUUGACGAGACAGAUGUCACGACGGAGCUGGACGAUGCCCGAGAGCUAUCCAAAACUGUUGGCACACCAGCUUUUUACGCCCCCGAACUUUGCUACACCGGCGACGAUUUUGUAGAUACCCUUGGUGGCGCACCUCGCAUUACCGGUGCCAUCGAUGUCUGGUCCCUAGGCGUGACGCUCUACGGGAUGAUAUUUGGCCGAUUGCCAUUUGUCUCAGACGACGAGUACAGCAUGUACCAAACAAUUGUGAAGCAGGAUGUUUUCAUCCCGCGCAAACGUUUAAAGCCUGUCCAAGUGGAUACCGGCACACAAUGGCCCCAUACACCCGAAGAUAUGCGAGCACAUAACGAGCUGGCUUACGAGGACAUCGAUGAGGAACUAUGGGAUUUGUUGAAACGACUGCUGACCAAAGACCCAGUGCGGCGCAUCACGUUGAAAGAGAUCAAGCACCAUCCUUGGGUUCUUCAUGGUCUCCCGAACCCUAGGGCAUGGGUUGAAGAAACCGAUCCUGCCUAUAUGAGCAAGGGCAAGAGGAUUGAAGUCUCCAGCGAGGAAGUGACAACGGCCGUCAGCAAAGUUCCCUUCAUUCAACGGGUGCGGUCCAAUGUGGCGAAGUGGUCAAAUUAUUUGACCGGAAGGUCGAAAGAUAGGGAUAGUCGCAAACGCACGCCUAGCGCAAGCCCUUCUGUUGAUUCGGUGUCCACCUCGAGCAGCAACUCGCAAGGAAAGCAUCUUCUCUGGGAUGGCCGCCGGUCCAGUUCUCGCAAUGAUGAUGAAACCUUCUCUCGGUCAAGCCAGUACAACAGAGAUAGCGAGCAUCCUCUAUCGCAGAGCGUCACAGUGAGCCCAACUGCUACUCCAGAGGAACGACCUUCCUCUUUGGCGCAGGAUGCCGCUUCUGGCUAUUUUUCUGCUGCCAAUCGCACACCUCGCCCCGGCCCUCCUGAGCGUGCAAUGUCAAACUUAUCGACCGCCGAGUCGUCCAAGACUGUCAGGGCAUCUGUCAUGAAUAAGAGCCACUCUGUACCUCUACGGCCCGCUACGCCCGAGCUGCCAGGAACUUCAGGAACCACAAAUUUCGGUGGUAUUCUUGGCGGCGCAAGCCGCCGAUUGGCGAGGGGCCUGCAGCCAGGGGAACGACCUUUCCCUGGUGAGUUCUCUACUGUGGAGGAGGAUCACCAUUCAGACCCCAGCGUCGCUCUGAACGUCACAUCCGCGGUUGAGCAGAUGCAACCAUCGACUUGGCAAACAGAUGGAGAGCCGUUCACACUUCGCGAGAGCCCGGCAUCAACGCCUGAGCACCGGCGCAAAAUAUCCCACCCCCUAUUAGCUGUUGAGCCCCUCAACCUCACCAAGGAGGGUUCAUGGCACAUCAAGGGUAGCCGCUCCGACCCACUCACCGGAUUUUCUGCAGACCGCGAACAUCGAGGAUACACGGGCGACGCUUCUCGGAAGACUUCGGAUGGCUCCGCGGAGUAUGUCAAAGACGGCCUGACAACUUCACCUACAUCUGCAGUCACCAUGUCUUCCUCUUCCGUGGACGAAGACACCAGUGGCAUGUCGCAAAGCACAUCGCAUCCAAGCAUUCCAUCCGUUAUGUCGGGAGCAUCGUCGCUGUCAGAAGAUAGGUACAGCAAGGAGAACGACUGUGACGGAGUGGCACAGGUGCCUUCAAUUCUUCGAACCGGUGAAACAGUCAAAGCACGUCGGCGCAGUACAUCACGCCCACCAGAGGAUGACGAAUCUCGUUACUACUGCGACGACGAGGAAGAGAGCGGCGACGAUUCCGAAGAUGAAGGCCUCGUUUUUGGCAACAACAAGCCCGCCAACAAAAAACCAGCAAUCGUCAUGGGCAAGGCAAAGCCAGGGCACGAUGCAGGCUAA